CAUUAAUUAUAACUGUCGAAUCCACGUUUGCCGCAAAACACAAGUACCUAGGAAUUUGUUUUUGCAUUAUAGUAAACUCCGAUCUUAUGAUAAACACAAUGACAGCAAAAUUAGACUUCUACAAUUUUGCGACUGAUAUCUUGAGCAGAAAACUAAUCAGCAACUUGUCAACAUUCAGUAGUGUCAUUACACAAUUUUUUAACGUCUGCAAACAGCGUCAUUGCACCACACGGUGAUAUUCGAGCAACACGGCCCAGAAUUAAUACAAGCAGAGUACACUUACAACUCUGUUUUAUUCAAUGUCCGAACCCUCAAACUAUUUAGCUUCAGCCGUCAUGCUCCAGUUCACAAGUCCUUUAAUCCAUCUGAGCUGUUCUUAUGACAAAGGUUGCGGGUUCCAUAACCUAUGAGCAAAGAUGCAUAUCGCUACCACAGUCUAACAUAUUUUAGACUGUGUCGCUACUGUAUAUAUUCGUUACAUUUUCGUAAGGGAAUAACAUAUUUUUGCAUUUAAAGUGUUUUUAGUCUUCCUGGUUUCAUAUAGUUUGAUUUCCAGUAUUUUAUGCGUCCAUAAAAUGACGAACGUGGUAAUAGUAACUCUGCAAAAGAGCGGUUAAUUUGAACUCGACUGUAAGUGCCAUGAGGAGUGGCUGUAGUUUGAAGCAUAACAACAUGUUUUAGAGAAGAUUACUGACGGGCUUCCUAGUUAUUGAGUUUUUUAACGUGUUACACACAUUACCCUGAUAAUAUUCUCGCCAUUUUACUACUGCCUUUCUAAAAAAAAAAAAAAGUAUUUUCAUUUUACGUGUGUUUAAAAUCAGCAUUUCAUGGAUGUAACUAAUAGAUGAAUAGAAAGACAAAAAAUAUUAACUCCUGAAUCAGUGAUCAAACAAGUAUGUCUUACUCUUCCUCUCUGUGUAUUUUAUUCAAGGGUCUCGAAUUUGUUAUGGUAAAGGAGUUGGUACCACUUGAUGGAGACUAUGUAUGUGAACUUGUAAUUAAGUUGGUGCAAACUACUGAAGAGGAUCAGUAUGAUCUCAACCGUUGCUUAGCCAUUGAAGCUACAUAUAAAAACAAUAAAGGAUUGUGUUUCGAUAUUUAUGAGUUCAUGGGUAUUUUACAUGGGACAGAGCAUUUCAUAACGGUUCUCCAAGCCAAGAUUGGAGGUCCUUGCAUCAUUAUCCACCUCACAGAUGACUCAGGACAAUCAGUUACUUAUUCUUGUACAUAUUGCAUGGACAAAGGAAAAUGGAUUACAAAUAACAUGCCUCAACUGAUCUUUCAUCCAUGCAAGCUGUUGUUUCAACUUCCAGUUCUGAUACAGGAAGAGAAUGUUAAAGAAAUGGAGUACAAGAUCAUCAAUUACUUGCAGAAGCUUUGCAUCUUUAAGCAUCACAUUCUAGUAUCAUUCAUUUUAGAUGGAAGAACAAUAACCAGUACUCAGUUUUCUGCUGUUAGAGAUGCUGCUCUGAGAUUAGGUGAAUCAAGCCUCCAUUUACAUGUUCUACAGUUAAAUGUGAGUUUUAGUGUGACAAUGGCAGUCAGUGCCUACUCCAUUUGCAGAGACGAUGACGGACACUUGCAUAUAUCAGUUUUAGGACUAUCAGCAUCUGUGUUCCCUUUGGAUGUCCAUUACUGGCAACCAUUACUGGAAGCUUCACUUCCAGGUGAUAUUACUCUCUCAGACCCAGUAAUGAUCUGUAAUGACUAUUGCAACAAAUUGCCUUCAGACUGGUGUCACACAAUGCAAGGCUGCAAACAAACUAAAACAGUAUGUGUAUUUAUUACAUUUGAAUUGGACAAAAGUGAAACAAUAUGCUCAACAGAUUUGCAGAAAAUAUUAGAGGGAAAUAUUACAGCACUGAUAGAACAAAACAAGUCAUCCAUGACAAAGUUGCUGAAGAAAGCACUGAAUUUAUUUCUAAGUGCUCCAGAGGAAAUCAUAAACUCUUGUGAGACAAAUCCUGCUGAUGUCCAGUUCUGUGAUAUUAUGGCAUCAUCCCUAGUGAAUAUAAUUUAUCUCAGUUUGAAUGAUGAGUUCCAAGAGAAGUGCUUGCAGCUGUUGAAAGCAAGUUACAAGAAAGAAGCAGAGGAUACAAUACACAAGAAGUUGAAAGAAUUAAUUGGCAGCUAUGGAAACAUAAUGUUAAAAAGCCACAUUGUGUAUCAUUAAACUGAAGGACACUGAAAGCAACUGAGUUAAAUAUAAAAUUUAUGUAGCUAGAAAUAUGUUUUGUUUAUAGUGUUACCAUGAAGAUAAUAUAUUCUAAAUCUAUUUCAUAAACUUCAAUGCACAAUGUGGGGGUUGGGGGGCACACACAAUUAAAAAGACUACAUAUAUGCCAUAUAGAUGUAAAACAAUGGACCUCACAUUGUAACAUGUAAGCCCACAAUAAAACAACAUAUCCAUUA